AUGAUCAAUACUCAGGAUAAAUAUGUUUUUGGUAGAGACCAGAAGGAAUCAGAACGACUUAAUGCACAGCACAACCUGCUAUCGAAAGUGACCAAGAACAACCUGAUCCAUUCAUCAAUUCCCAAAGAAGGCGUGCUUUCUGUUGCAGAUAUAGGUACUGGAACUGGUAUCUGGCUGAAGGAUGUUUCGCAAAUACUGGAUAAAACACACAAUCAGUGUUACUAUCAUGGAUUUGACAUCUCAGCGGACCAGUUUCCUGAAAAGCCAGGAAACAUCCAAUUUUCUGUCCAAGAUAUAACAUUACCGUUUCCCAAAGAACAUUGGAACCGGUAUGACAUAGUCCAUGUGAGACUACUAAUUGGUGCUCUCGAAGAAUCCGAGUACAAAACUGCAGUGUCCAAUCUUUCUACCAUCUUGAAGCCCGGCGGCUUUAUUCAAUGGGAGGAAGUCGACGAAGAAUCAUACAUAUCAGCCGAUAACCCGGUCAUUUGGGAGAUUCGACGGUGUUUUGACCUUGCGUUGAAAGCCGAGAAGAAAUGUUUCACAGCAUCAGCCAAGGUCUACGAGGAGUGCAUAGCAGCCGGUUUGCUGGAUGUUGUGCGGCUGGAUUAUCGCUCAGACUGGAAUAGUGACCUCCGCCUUGACACCGAGGAAAGGCUCACUACCAUUAUUGAAACCUUGUAUGCAAGUCUUUUGUUGCGGUCUGGGCAGGUUGCUGAUGAAGAGGCGGCAUCGAAACGAGCUGGGGAGUUAAUCGAGCAGCAUUGUCGUCUUUGUGCGGAUGGAAAUACCCCACCGUUGAAAGUGAUGAGAGUUGUUGCCCAGAAGCCACUUGAUAGUCCAUGCCUAUAA